UUUUUUUUCUUCGUUCCAGAUUAUUUACGCCUGGGAAGUAUCUGCGAGUCUGUCUUAGAGGUCGCUUCCGUGUGUGCGUGUGAGCGAGAGUCCGCGGCAGGGGGCGCUGUGACAUGCGCCCGACGACUCGAGUGACAUCUUGCGGGCGCGGGUCGUGGCGUCAAAGCGUUGCGCAUCAACGUCGCAGCCUCGGCUUUUGACGACGGUCUCUCCCCGAGGUUCACUCACUUUGGAGUAGCGAACCGAGGGGACGGAAACCCUGAGGGCCACUCCAAAAAAAAAAAUUCUGCGCCAAAAAAGAUUAGAUUCCUGCCCUCCAGGGUUUUCGCUGCGAACAGCGGUGGAAAAGGAGUGUGUUUUUUUUUUUUAGUCGACGAACAGAGAACUUUUUUCCUCUUUAUUUUCGUUCGAUUGCCUCUUCGGACGACGAGAAGGUGAAGUGAGGGUUUUGCGUCGUUCUUCGGAUUCUGGGCUUGAGAAGGAAAAUGGCGACGUUCAAAGCCCGGAAACCGUCAGGAACGACUUCCGGAAGUGGAGAUUCUAGAACUCCGGUGGAUGUUCGCACUUCCGACUCAUCCGUCAUCAAGAUGGGCAUGUUGAAGAAGCAGAAGACGAACAAGAGGAAGCAUUUCGUGCUGCGAAGUCGCGAUGACGUGGGCUCUGCUCGACUCGAAUACUACGACUCGUACAAGAAGUGGAGCAGCGGCCAGGCGCCCAAAAAGUGCGUGUACUUGGACGACUGUUUCAAGAUUGCGCGACGGAUCGACACGCGAAACAAGCUGGCUGUUGGGCUGUACUUGAGGGACGCCACUUUUUCCGUCGUUUGCGACGACGAGGACUCCUUGCAAGACUGGCUCCAGCACUUGCUGGAGGCCAAGUAUGGCGAUGAUGGGGAACCCAAUCAGGAUCAAGUCUGGGACGUGAACGUCAAGUGCAAGUUUAAAGAGGAUAAUGACAAGGUGAGGAAUGGGAAGGUGAUCCAGGGACAAUACAGGUUCAUUCUGCGAUCUGAAGGCAUCAUGUUGGCGAAAGUGGCUUCAAAAGACACUGAACCCGAAGUGUGGACUCUGGAUGUACCUGGGAUUAGGUCUUGCAUGGAUGGAGCAGGUCCAGACACUUUUUCCAUGGAAUUGGGAAACAGGUCGCCACUGGGUCACUGUGAACUCUUUUUCCAAACGGAAGAGGCUGCAAUUGCCAAAGCGUUGCACCAAAUUGUUGCCGAUUUCAUGCGGAAUUGGCGGAAAGAGGCGGACGGGUUUGGGGAUCACCGAGAGCGACUGCGUUCCUUCACCUCAGUCGGUUCUAGUUCCUCGAAGGCGACGAGCAUCCGGCGCCACACGAGCGUCACGAGCCGCCACUCGAGCACCGUUACUCCGCCACCAUCAUCUUUGGCGUCCCUCACUCCGUCGGCCACAUUGACGUCCCUGUCGACAGCAUCGGCGUCCACGACGCGUGUCAGAGCCGACACGAUGCCGACUGGCGGGUUGGCUGCGUUUUCUGGCGCCCCGAGACCUCCGUCGUUUUAUGGCAGUGGCGGCAGUGGGUUCUGCACGCGCAGCAUCUUCAGUGCAAGUCCUCCAGCCACCAACAGUCCGCUCAGCCCGAGUUCUGGACAUUGUUCAGACUCAGCAGGGAGCUCGUUGUCUGUGGAUGCCGAGUACACUGACGCAGUCGUGCACGGUGUUGCGCAUCACGGGGCGCUUCCGCAUCACCACUUGCACCACCAUCUCCAUCUGCACCAUCACCACCACCACCUCGUGCACCAUUUGGGGCAUGAAGGGAAUGGUUCUGGGAGCAGCAGCGCUGGCAUGAUCACCACUCAGCCGCCGAUCAUUGAGGAGAAUCCCGACGCUGGCAGUGGGGAGUGUGUCGUCACCCCGAGUCCUGCGAUUCCUUCGACAUCAAAUGACGAUGCCUACAUCCCGUUCGACCCGGAAAAGAGGGUUCUCAAGCGCCUGAUUCCCCGAUCCCCGGCGCCACCAGUGGUGCACAGUCUCAAGUCUCCGUCUCCCCCCGAGCAUCACGUUGGUGGUGCUGGCCCAGUGUUUGCCAAGUCUCCGACUCCUCCGCCGUCGUUGCUGUCAACGCCGGGUUCCACGCCGGCGCCUCCAAUAUCCUCUGUUUCCGCGUCGGAUUACCUGGAGAUGUCUCCCAGUCCCGCGGGAUUCGUCAAGUCUGCCAAGUACUGCUCUUCGGUGGCGUCCACGAGUGGCGGAUCCGUGGCCGGGGACGACUAUUUGGACAUGGGGCCGAGGGUGAGGCGGGAGAGCAAUGAUGACAACUACUUGGACAUGGUGCCCGAGUGUAAACAACAUCCCAGAGAAUCAACGCCGCAUUUUGUGGAUGAAGACCAUCACUGGAGAAUGCCUCCAGGCCACCUGAUGCAUCAUCAUUUGCGAGAUAAAGAUGACACUGCUUCAGUUUCCAGCAUGCUGAGUGGGACGACGUCGACGGACUUCCAUCUUCUGAUGGCUGAUGACCUCUUGGAUCAUCCUGAAAUGCGACCCAGGACCCAGUCCACUGGCUCUCACAUUGACAAGACCAAAAAGAAGACCAGGACUGCGGAGUUGCAAGCGCUUGCUGUUGGUCACAGACUGAGGGCCCACUCGAUGGGUUCCCAGGUGCCCAAAUGGAAACGAGGUGCGAGGAGGCUAUUUGAUGCAGUCGGUGGGGUUUCUUUAUUGCCACCUUCAUCAAACUCGUCGCAGUCACAUUCUGCUGCUGUCAGGUUCUCUCCAGGUUCCAGCACUGCAUCCAGCUCAGUGGCUCUGCAUGGCACUUCGCCAGUGUCAAAAUCUUGGACCGCCCCUGGACAGUAUUUCAAGCUGAUGGGCGCCACGCUGGCAGGCAAAGUGACCCCCGUCGCCCCCGCAUCAUCGAUAACCCCCGUGCAGCCGACAUCCUCUCAGCUGGCCAAGGACGAAACCCUGCGUUUCUUUUUCCAAAAGCGACAUUCGCUCGACCAUUCCGUGUCGAAUAAAAGCAAGACCUCUACGGACACGGACUAUGGCUGGCUGGAGCCCGAUGAGAAAGUUGUGAAAGCUGUGAGGCGAAAGACGUCCAUGACUGGGCCAGUUGGAGUGGACAUGACGCCCGAGAUGGCCAUUGCGUCUGUGGCUGCCACGCAGACCCCGGCUCAGGGCAAGGGAUUGGCUAAUGCCAAUUUGACGCCUAGUUUGAUGCUGUGUCACGACUGGCUGGCUGCUCACCACGGACACGAGAAGCAACAAGAUGAGUACCUGAUGACUGAUGGAUACCAACAAGCCCCCAACAGCGCACCCAUUGGGCCAACAGUCAAGAAGCCACAGUGGCCCGCACCAGCUGGACAGAAAAAACCGGAUCCUGGCUCGGAUUACGUAAACCUGGAUCCCAAUGAGCUGGCGAAACUGAGUCCUUUUGUCCUUGCCGCUAGAGAAAGAGCAGCGCAACAAGCCAAAGAAAAGCUGAAGCCUCCCUUGCCUUCGUUCACAGCCAGUGGUCUUCCCAAGGGACCUCUUAAAUCCGCCUCCCUGGACAUUUCCUCGUCUGAAAAGACCGGGAGAAGAGGUUGCUCUGUGAGUGAAUCCUCGGCUGAUGAGAAAUUCAGCUCGAUUCCGGACUGGAUGCCUUCAUUGGAGCCGGACUGCUACGUGGACAUGCAACCCAUUUGUCCACCAUUGGAUAUGGAGGCCAUCCUCAAAGAUGAAUACCUGGAUACCUCUGGCAUGAUCUUUCCAGCGAGGUUGCCGACGUCGGGAUCCCCUGUGGAAGAGGAGGAUGCGGUGGGGGUUGUGUCUGACCAACAAGCACAGGAAGAUGAAGAAGAGGAGGAGGAAGAAGGCGAAGAGGAUGUUCCACCAGCUAGGAAUUCCAUUUGCAGUCCCGUGGUUGAAGAAGACUGGACAGCGUUGAGUCAGGAGUCGAUGAACCAUAUUAUUAAUGAUUUCUCGCUGAGCGAGAAAUGUGAGGUUGAUGCGUCUUCGGGAACUUUGAAAAUCGUGGAUAACCGCGGCCCUGGGAUUGCGGGAAUGCUGAAGCCACUCAAGAAGCUGAGAGGCGCCUUGAGAGGCACCACUUCCACCCCUGGCACCCCGUCGUACAGCAGUAAACCCAGGCUCAACUAUGCCCAGCUGGAUUUGUGCUUUGACGGCAGGAACCAGUCUGCUGAGGACCCUUUGACCUUCGUAACAUCUUGUCGGGAAGUGGUUAAUUAUGCGCAGAUUGAUUUCAACAAGAGCGAAGGCCUGAGGACGACGUCUAUGUCGCUGCAUAGGUUGUCCAAGUGA